AUGAACUAUCAGCCAGUCGUCGUCAAAAGGCACGCGCGCCCCGCGUCCACAAAACACAAUUCGGAGUCGCGGCACUGGCGGCAGUACAAACACCCAGUUUUCAUCAAGGAGUACGCCCCGGUCACCUCCGUCCACUUCUCCCCCACCAAGCCACACCGGUAUGCUGUCACUGCGGCCACACGUGUGCAGAUAUACGCGCCUAGAACGCAAAAAGUCACCAAGACGAUUUCGCGGUUCAACGAUAUUGCACGGAGUGGAUGUAUCCGCGGGGAUGGAAAGCUUGUAGUGGCCGGGGACGAUACUGGACUCGUUCAGGUCUUUGACAUCAACUCCCGAGCCAUUCUCCGGACUCUAGACUCGCACAAACAACCAGUCCAUGUCACCAAGUUCUCUGCUCUCGACCAGACGCAAAUCCUUUCGUGCUCUGAUGACACUACAGUGAAGGUCUGGGAUGUUCCCUCCCAAACCGCGGUCACCACUUUCCUCGACCACACCGACUACGUCCGCACAGGACAAUUCUCCACCUCCAACCCACAUCUCGUCCUCACCGGUUCGUAUGAUUCCACCGUCAGGCUCUUCGACUCAAGAACAGGCGUGUGCGAGAUGGUGAUGGGCGACGCGUUUGGCGAAGGCGGCACACGGAACACCGCACCUGUAGAACAGGUCCUCAUGUUCCCUUCCGGCACAGUCGCUCUGUCCGCGUCGGGACCCAUCCUUCGUGUCUGGGACCUGGUCGCCGGAGGACGCUGCACGCGCGCGAUGUCAAAUCAUCAGAAGACGGUCACCUCGCUCGCGUUCAACUCCAACGCCAGCCGGCUGCUCACGGGCAGCUUGGACCACAUGGUCAAGGUCUACGACGUAAGCACGUACCGCGUCGUGCACACGAUGCGCUACCCGGCUCCUGUCCUCUGCAUGGCUCUCUCGCCUGACGAGACGCACAUCGCUGCAGGCAUGUCGGACGGUACGCUCUCAGUUCGGCGACGACAACCCAAAGCCUCGGAGCCCGCCUCGCAAGAUCUGUUCUCCGUUGCUUCUCUACGGUCAGGGGCGUUCGAGUCUUUUCUUGGUGCUUCCAUACCGAACCUCGGGCUGGGUCGUACCAAGGAAAAGAAGAAGUCAAGACCUGUGGGCGACACAGACGAACUCAAAGUGGAGAGCAAGCGGAAGAAGAGGUUACGCGACUACGACAAAAUGCUCAAGAACUUCAGGUACUCUGCUGCCCUCGACGCAGUCCUGCGCAAGAAUGUGCCUCCAACAACUACGUUCUCGCUGAUCCAAGAACUUGUGCACCGCGACGGGCUACGGACAGCGCUGGCAGGUCGUGACGAUGUUCUGCUUGAACCGGUUCUCCGUCUGCUGCUUAAGCAUGUCUCGGAUCCACGGUUCGGCGAGAUGGUGGGCGACGUUGCGGGUGUUGUGAUUGAGAUGUACUCCCCGGUCCUGGGUCAAUCACCACUAAUCGACACGCUGUUCGUACGACUUCGUAAGAAGGUCGCGGCCGAAAUACGCUUCCAAAAAGAGCUGGUGAAAGCCAAGGGCGCUCUCGACAUGAUCCUGGCUUCAGCAGCGCUCUCUGCAUGA